AUCAGUCAGUCGUCAAAAAAUGUACGAGACUGAAUAUACAUGACAGAUCUAUGCAUUACAAAAUAAGGCCUUAUAUAAUGGAUUGCAUCAGCAGAGACACGCUUUGCUAUCAAACGGCUAAAUGAUAAACGAUACCAAAACGGCCACUUAGUCUGAACCACAUCUUCAUCUCGAAACUAAAACUAAUUUAAACCUCCCAUAAAAGCAUUGCAGAUAUCUAACAAAAAUGUCAGAUUUAAUCAGAGACAACAUUAGCUGUAAAUGUGGUCUCUGCAUUAGGUAUUGCGUGUUUAUUUCUCUCUUUUGUUUGUUAAAAAAAAAAAAGUCUGUCCUGGUCAAUGUCAAUAAACCUCAUGUAUGGCUGAUUUGUACCCCAUAAUAAUCUGUGUGUCUAUUACACUGUAUCCAUGUUUUACACCACACCACCUACACCAUUAGCACAAAAUGCUGACUGAGGGAGAAACCAUUUCUUUGUCUUUCUCCCAUGCACCCAUUCUCUGGUCCUGCUCUCUGUCAUUCACUCAAUCUUCACACGCAUUCGGACGCUCGUAUACUCAUAUGAUUUCUGUGCACAACAUUCCCCUCCCCCCGCCGCUCUCUGACACAUUCCAAAGGUCAAAGUCACUGGAGGGGUUUGAAGGACAGGCACAGGAACUCCAAAAGAUCUCUGUGUGUGUGACAGCAAAUACAUGUGAAGAACAAUGCGCUUCACAGCUGAGAGACAGUUCAGCAAGUUCAAAGUAAAAAUGAAAGAGAUGAGGGCAAAAUUCUUACUUGAUAUAAAAUAAACGUUAACUGGAAUCGUUUUUUUUUUUUUUUUGUAUUUUAAUUUAUUUUUAAGUUGUUAAAGCAACACUUCCCAUUUAAUUUAGUUUAACUUAACUAAAAUUUCAUCAAAAAUUAUUAUAUAGACAUAUUUAAAAUAAUAAUAUUAAAACUUACAGCAAAAUUACUAAAACUUAAGCUAGAAUGAAAUGUAAAAAUAAAAACGAAUUCAAAAUGGUAAUAAAAACUAAGGCUGACUGCACGCUAGAGGAUUUUAAGGCCGAUUUGCGCCCGAUUCGCGGCUUGUCGUGGUGUCAUUACGAUUAUUUAUCUGUUCCCGAUCGAGACGGAGCGUCGCCGAACUCAAAUCGUAAAUAUCAAACAUGUUUGAUAUUUACGACUCUUCAUCAGGCUGCCUCUGAUGUGAUACCCGCGAUAGCCAAUGAGAGCAAGCAAGCGUCACCUACCGGAUGUUGCGUGCUCCUACAGCUGAAACUUGGCAGCCACAAACAUGACAUGAAAGCAGAGAAUAUCACCCAUAUUCUUUUCUUUACUUUGUUUUUCACUGUGAAACAGAACGUGUGCCAGGAGAGCCAGCUGACAACGAUGAUUGUUCUCUUAUUUGUUUUUCUUUUCUAGUCACGUUUGAUCUCGCGAGUGUCAGUGAGAUCUCGUGUGACCGUGAAAUCGUUCCUACAGUCUUCAAGUGUGUGGUCUCGCGGUCUGGUCUAAAAAUCUAGCGUGUUCGUUCAGAGGAUUAUAAGGCUAAAAUCGGUUGAACUGUCUUCAUGUCUACGGUUUUAAAAUCGUUUAAGAUUUGAAAAUCGUCUAGUGUGCAGCCAGCUUAAGGCUACAUUUAUCAUUUAAUUUAGUUUAACUUGAUGUGCUAAAAUAACUAACACUGAAAAAAAAAGAAUAAACAGGAAAUUAUAAUAAAACUGACAAAAACAUUAAUUUAAAAUAAAAUGGAAAAUAUAAAAAUAAAAACAUUCAAAAUCUUAAUGAAACAACAAAUCUUGAUACUAAAACAAUAUUGGGAAAAGUAAGAAUCAUUUGUGAUAAAACAAAAUCACAUAACAAAAAUAACAUAAAAAGGUAUUAUGUAUCUUAGUAUAAAUUAUCCCAGGGAUUUUGGUGCAGUUAGCUGAUUUCAGAUAUAACUUUAAUGGGUGACAAUGACAGAAACAUGCAAAUCAACCAAGUUGGUAAAGCUUUUUUUUUAAACAAUUAACAUUAUAUUUAGAGACGAAAGUCAGGUUGAAGCAGCCCAAACACUCGCCAAUAAAUCUGAUAUUUUAGUGACUCUUAUCUCCUUGUAAGUUGCCUGUUAUGAAGUGUAUGGUGUAAACAAACGGCACUAAAUAAUGAUGUUUAAAAGAACUGAAUGUCUUCGCAUUUUUUAAUGUGCUGCAAUUGUUCUUUAACAUUAGUUAAAGAUUUCUACUUGUCUUUUUAUAUCACUUUAGGUUACUGAUUUAUUUUUUGAGGUACACUAGGAACAGCUCUACUGUUUGUUGACAAUGGUCUUAUUCUUAAACUAGUCACAGUAGUCCAUAUUGUUAUCAGUUGCUGCUUUGUGUAAAAUUAAAGCAUAGGAGCAGUGAUCAACUGAUUUCUAAUCUAAAGUUUACUGUGUAAAUCUGAUUCUAAGCAAAGAAAUCUGAGAUAAGUAGCAUGUUAGCCUUUGAACUUCGACUACAGUACGCAUGCAUUACAACUGUAGAGCAAAGACUGUCAGAGCAGGCCUCAAAAGGUGACCUUGUUCACCGAGCCUUGACAACUGAAAGGUUAAUUGCUAAACUGGAUUACAACUUCUUAAGAACAGAGAUUCCCAAUCACAUCCAAGAGGGGCCUAGUGGUCACCAACACUUCAAAGACAAUUUCUAUUACUUAGAAAAUAAUUUAUACGCAGCCAUUAGAAAAAUACUUUUUUUAGAUCACAAAUGUAACCUACAUAGACUUAUAAGUAACUAUUUUUAAUAAUAAAUACCUGCAAUAAUGCUUGACACACUUUUUGUGAAAACUAUUCACCCUUGACCUUUUUCAGUGAACUCCGGUGAAACCAGUUACGAUAAAAAACCCCCCACUAAAACUGUAACCUUUCAUUAUCAGUGAUAUAAAAAAUGCUGACUAAAAAAAAUAAAAGCUAACCAUUACCAGUUUUUGCUAUAUUAUUAAUAAUACUACUCAUUUAUAAAGACAUUUACAAGAACACAAAACCUUAGAGACUCACUAAUUAGUUUAUUUUUUCAGUUUUUACACGCAUGCUAGCGUAUGCGCAGAGUGUUGUGGUGUUAAUUUCGUUAUUAGCACAGUAUCUGCAUACUGUACAUGUACAGCCCAAUUUUUCCAAAGUAUACUUCAGUUUUUACAUGUAUGCUAGGGUAGGCGUAUAGUAUGCGUGAUACAAAUUUUGUCAUCAGCACAGUACGUGUACACUCUAACUGCUCAGUGCAAAAACUGGACAAGGAUGAAGUUUUUAGUGUGCAUAUGUCCACCGCUUGUGUUUACAAUUUGCAGUAUACUUUUCGAAUACAUACUUGUAUGUUCAACAGUGCCGAAGUGGCGUAAAAAAGUAUACUGUGGAAUUUAUACUGACAACUAGUGGCAGGAUGCAGAAUCACACAGAUUUCAGCUACUAGAAAUGUAAUCAACUUUGCAAUAAACCCUAAUUAAUUUAAGGCUAGUCAUGUCACGUGAUCUUAACAUGUCUGCCCCCAUGAAGGCAACUGGCUCUAUGUAAAACAAUCAGCUUUUAUUGACAUGACUGGAGUCCAAUUCUUGUCAGACUCUCAGGUAGACAUGUUUUUUUGAGACACACUGAGGGAAAAUGGACCGCGUAUUGCUUUUCUCCAUCUCGGCUGUUCUGCUAAAUCUUUCUCAAGCUCUUCCUGCUAAGGUGCUGCCCACUGAUCAAGAUAUCCAGUCUGAGAAGCAUGAUGCUAUGGAUAUUUUCUCAAGAAUUCUGGAGGCAAACAAAGAGAUCAGUUACAUGCUUCUGGAGGGGGAUAUGGCCUUACCCAAAACAAGGAGCGCCAUGAAAUGCUUGAAUGACUACUGCAAAUGGCCAAAAUCCCCAUCUGGACAGGUUGAAGUGCCAUACACCAUUGCUUCUGACUUCUAUGAGGAUGAGAAGGCAGUGAUUGAAAAUGCAAUGAAGAGCAUCGCUUCAAAAACCUGCGUCCGUUUUGUGCUGCGAACGAAUCAAGUGGACUAUAUCAGCAUUGGGAAUCUAGUAGGCUGCUCGUCUACUGUAGGGAGAUCUGGAGGUAAACAGCAGUUGUCUCUGUCUGUGGACGGCUGUGUUUCUCACGGGAUCAUUGAGCAUGAGCUCAUCCAUUCUCUGGGGUUCCACCACGAACACACCAGGAGCGACAGAGACCAGUACGUCCAGAUCAACUGGCAGAAUAUUCCACAAGCAUCUGCAUACAACUUUCAGAAGAAGGACACAAAUAAUCUGAAUACCCCUUAUGACUACAACUCCAUCAUGCAUUAUGGAAGGACUGCCUUCGCCAUACACUAUGGCAAGGAAACCAUCACUCCAAUUCCUAACUCUUCAGUGCAGAUUGGACAGAGAACGGAAAUGUCUAACAUUGACAUUCAGAGGAUCAACAAGCUUUAUGAGUGUGGUGAGCACAUAUAGUCUUAUUUAUU